AUGCCCUCUAACAUGCAGUGGCGGUAUUUUCUCGUUGGAAGUAAUCCUGCAGAAACCAAAUACCGCGUUUUGAAAAUAGAUCGCACUGAACCAAAGGAUUUGGUUAUAAUUGAUGAUAAGCAUGUAUAUACGCAACAAGAGGUGAGAGAACUUCUUGGCCGUUUAGACCUGGGAAACAGAACAAAGAUUGGGCAAAAGGGCUCUUCUGGGUUAUCUCGAGCUGUCUCUGCUUUUGGUGUAGUAGGUUUUGUCAGGUUUUUAGAAGGCUACUACAUUGUGUUAAUAACAAAAAGAAGAAAAAUGGCAGAUAUUGGAGGUCAUGCAAUAUAUAAAAUAGAAGAUACAAAUAUGAUCUACAUUCCAAAUGACUCUGUAAGAGUCACUCAUCCCGAUGAAGCCAGGUAUUUGAGAAUCUUUCAAAAUGUGGACCUUUCUAGCAACUUCUAUUUUAGUUACAGCUAUGAUCUAUCUCACUCCCUUCAGUAUAAUCUUACUGUCCUGAGAAUGCCACUUGAGACAUUAAAAACUGAAACAACCCAGAGCCGACAAGAGAGUUUUGAUAUAUUUGAAGAUGAAGGACUUUCAACACAGGGUGGAAGCGGUGUCUUUGGGAUUUGCAGUAAGCCUUAUGAAAAGUAUGUGUGGAAUGGCAAGCUCUUGGAGGCAGUGAAAAAUACUGUUCAUCGUGACUGGCUGCUGUAUAUUAUUCACGGAUUCUGUGGGCAAUCAAAACUGUUAAUAUACGGUCAUCCUGUAUAUGUCACUCUGAUAGCCAGAAGAUCAAGCAAAUUUGCUGGAACACGUUUUCUGAAACGAGGAGCAAACUGUGAGGGAGAUGUUGCUAAUGAAGUGGAAACUGAACAAAUACUUUAUGAUGCUUCAGUUAUGUCAUUUUCUGCAGGGAGUUAUUCUUCCUACGUUCAGGUUCGAGGAUCUGUCCCUCUGUACUGGUCUCAAGAUAUUUCGACUAUGAUGCCUAAGCCACCCAUAACAUUGGACCAAGCAGAUCCUUUUGCACAUGUUGCUGCUCUUCACUUUGACCAAAUGCUUCAGAGGUUCGGCUCUCCCAUUAUUAUUUUGAAUCUGGUGAAGGAACGUGAAAAAAGGAAGCAUGAAAGGAUUCUUAGUGAAGAACUUGUUGCUGCUGUGACAUAUCUCAACCAGUUUUUACCCCCAGAGCAUGCGAUUAUAUAUAUACCCUGGGAUAUGGCCAAAUACACAAAAAGCAAACUUUGCAAUGUCCUUGAUAGACUGAAUGUGAUUGCAGAAAGUGUAGUAAAGAAGACUGGAUUUUUUGUAAAUCGACCUGAUUCCUACUGCAGUAUCUUGCGGCCAGAUGAAAAGUGGAAUGAACUGGGAGGUUAUGUUGUUUCCACUGGUCGCUUGCAGACUGGAGUUCUCCGAACCAAUUGUGUGGACUGUUUAGAUCGCACUAACACAGCCCAAUUUAUGGUGGGGAAAUGUGCUUUGGCGUACCAACUGUAUUCAUUGGGAUUGAUUGAUAAACCAAAUCUACAAUUUGAUACGGAUGCUGUUAGAUUAUUUGAAGAAUUAUAUGAAGAUCAUGGAGAUACACUUUCUCUGCAAUACGGAGGUUCUCAGCUUGUCCACAGAGUAAAAACCUAUAGAAAGAUAGCUCCAUGGACUCAGCAUUCCAAAGAUAUUAUGCAAACACUCUCAAGAUAUUAUAGCAAUGCUUUCUCAGAUGCAGACAGACAAGAUUCUAUCAAUCUUUUUCUGGGAGUAUUCAAGCCUACAGAAGGAAAACCUCAUCUCUGGGAGCUUCCCACUGAUUUUUAUUUGCAUCACAAGAACACCCUCAGUCUGUCACAGACCAGGCGAAGCUAUACAUACUGGUGGACCACAGGUGUGCUAAAGCAUUUACCUCUUCCUUUUGAUGAAGUGGCAUGUGCUGAAAACAGACGCAAGUUGACAGUGAAGAAGUUCCACAAGUAUGAGGAGGAAAUUGAUAUCCACAAUGAAUUUUUUCGGCCAUAUGAGUUGAGCAGUUUUGAUGAGACCUUCUGCUUGGCAAUGACCAAUUCCACACGAGAUUUUAUGCCUAAGAAUGUGGGGAUUGAUCCAAGUCCAUUUACUGUUCGUAAACCUGAUGAAACUGGAAAAUCGGUGUUGGGGAACAAAAGUAAUAGAGAAGAAACUGUGCUGCAGCGUAAAACGGCUGCUAGUGCUCCUCCACCCCCAAGUGAGGAAGCAGUAUCAAGUAGUUCUGAAGAUGAUUCUGGGACAGACAAAGAAGACGAAGGUGCUGUUUCUCAACGUUCAACUCCAGUAAAGGUGACUGAUACAGGAGACAAUACGAAAAUCACGGAGACUGUAGUGCAAUCAACAAAAGAUGUGUAUGGAGUCAAUCUUUCAGAUGUUCCUUCAGAAGAUGAUCUCACAAUAUACACUAGGUUUGUUCAGCUGGGACAGAGUCAGCAUAAACAAGACAAGAGCAGCCAGCAAUUUUGCUCAAAGCAUCACUUGGAUAGGGUUAUAAAUUUAAUACCCAUCUCCUCCUUUUCUCAAGACAAUAUUUAUGAAGUCCAGCCUCCAAGAGCUGAUAGGAAAUCAAUAGAGAUUUUUCAUGCGCACAUUCAGGCUGGAAGAGGAAACAUGCAGCCUCUGGGAAGAGAGGACUUCCUCAUGUACAGAGAGUACAUUCGAAACAGAUACAUGUAA